AUGCCGUGUGUCACGCUCGCGGUAACCGAUGCAGAUGUAGGUGCAUUCCAGCACCGCUACUACUUCAAGAAGCAUGGCGCCCAGCUUCCACCAAAGGUGUGGAAGGAGUUCCGGGGCAUGAAUAUGCAGGUUCGCCUGAACCAGGGCGACGUGCAUGCACGAUCCUUCUAUCAAGUGCGCCUUCAGGAUGACGGGACCCCUACGCCGAAGAACAUCCACAACACGCUCGUCCUUGGAGGCAGCUUGCCUGAUCCUCGAAACGACAGCGCCUUGAGCGAGUUUGGGACGACGAAUGCCGAUGGCUUUCAGGUUGCCUUCGUGGACAACAGGGAAAGCAAUGAUUUCCAAGGCAAGAUGCCGUACUCCAGCUGUUAUGCCAUGGCGGGGAGAGAUGUGGACAUCGCGGACGCUGUCAAGUUUUUGGUCAGCUGCAAGGCACCCUACAACCACAAGGAAAACAUCGAGAACUUGUGCGGAGCGGGUCGCAGUAAGGGCCAAGGCAAGGGCAAGGGCAGACGCCGCCCUGCACCGUACUGA